ACAAGAGAGAGAGAGAGAGAGAGAGAGAGAGAGAGAAUUUUACAAGAGCAGGAAAAGGGAGGAGCGCAGACAGGAGACUCUCUGGCUUGUCUGUCUGUUGGGCACCUGGGACACUGUCAUUGUGCUUCUCAUUCUAGUAUUUUUUUCUCUCCUUCUCUGAACCAGCGGACCGGUUGGGAGUCCUUUUUUUUCUCCGGUGCCGUAUCAAUUAGGAACUGGGAUUGUUUCUGUGUAAUCUGCUCUGCUCUGGCUGAACCGUUACACACUGCGAUUGCUUCAUUGGUUUGUUCCUGCCUGUCUCUUGCGUUCCGAUUCGGACCCUUCCCAAAGUGCAUCUGUUAGUGCGCUGCUGAGGAUAUAUCCUGUGUCCAACAGUACAACAUAGAGCAGCUGGGAUAUCAGACUAUAGAAGAGGGAGAGAGAGAGCAGCCGAGUGAGCAACAGAGAGAGGCAGAUACAGAGAGUGUGAGAGAGAUUGAAGCCGAGGAGCGAGGUAAGCUAUAGCGAGACAGCUUAAAUAGAAAAGUGAUCUUUAUAUCCUCCCCUUUUCCUUGUUUUUCCUUUUCUCCUCUACUACACUCUCCUGUGCCAGCAAUUUGUUCGCAGGACUGCUUAGAACCACUGCCACCUGCUUAUCUUCCUCCUCUACCUCUCUUCUCACGCGUUACUAUCCGACGCCAGCCAGUGAGGGAAAGACAGGACACGCAGACAGGACAAGCAGACAGGACACGCAGCAGCGUCCGUUUUUUAACUCUUGUGGGGAAUAUUUUUGAGAAACUGAACGAGCAUCUGCCGAGCUCUACUACAGGAGAUUUAACUGAAAGGCGUUGUCGGGCAGGAACUACCCCCACAGAGGCAACCCCUCUCCCAGCCACUCUCCGUCAGACGAACCCUGCUUGCUCUCCGGAGGACCAGCAGUGAUUCAACACACCAGUGUGGACGGGAAAAAUAAGGGACCUACAGUCAGAGAGCCAAGCCCCAGUACUACUAACGCUCGUCCGACCGCCUCCGCGCAACCAUUCCUUGCCACGGCGCUAAGGAUUCCAGCUAUAUGGGCAAGCGAUUGGAACAGCAACCAAUGUACCCUCAGUACACAUACUACUACCCCCACUACCUCCAGACCAAGCAGCCCUAUGCUCCACCCCCUCACCCCAUGGCUCCGCCUAGCCCCAGCCAUAACAGCUGCAGUCAUGGCGGAUCCGAGCAGCUGAGUAAAACUAACCUGUACAUCCGAGGCCUGCCCCCGGGGACCACGGACCAGGAUCUCAUCAAGCUCUGCCAACCAUAUGGGAAAAUAGUGUCAACCAAGGCCAUCCUGGACAAGAACACCAACCAGUGCAAAGGAUAUGGCUUUGUGGACUUUGAUAGCCCGGCUGCAGCACAGAAGGCGGUGUCGUCUCUCAAAGCCACCGGGGUGCAGGCUCAAAUGGCCAAGCAACAGGAGCAGGACCCUACUAACCUGUACAUCUCCAACCUGCCGGUGUCCAUGGAUGAGCAGGAGCUGGAGAACAUGCUGAAGCCCUUCGGUCACGUCAUCUCCACGCGGAUACUGCGGGACGCCAACGGGGUCAGCAGAGGGGUCGGCUUCGCCAGGAUGGAGUCCACGGAGAAAUGUGAAGUGGUGAUACAGCAUUUCAAUGGGAAAUACCUGAAAACCCCACCAGGCAUUCCAGCCCCCAACGAGCCUUUGCUGUGCAAAUUCGCAGACGGAGGGCAGAAGAAACGCCAGAGCCAGAGCAAGUACCCACAGAACGGGCGGCCGUGGCACAGGGAAGGCGAGACUGGUAUGCAGUUAACAUAUGAUCCUGCUGCUAUGCAGAAUGGGUUCUACACCUCGCCUUACAGUAUCGCCACCAAUCGCAUGAUCGCACAGACGUCCAUCACGCCCUUCAUUGCUGCUUCCCCCGUCUCCACAUAUCAGGUCCAGAGUACGUCAUGGAUGCCUCAUCAACAAUACGUUAUGCAACCUACAGGUGCAGUGAUCACCCCAGCCAUGGACCACACCAUGUCCAUGCAGCCUGCCAACAUGAUGGGCCCGCUCUCCCAGCAGAUGAACCAUCUGUCCCUGGGCACUACAGGAAGUUACAUGACUGCUGCGGCUGCCGGGGCGCCUAUGCAAGGGACCUACAUUCCUCAGUACACUCCUGUGCCUCAGACAGCCGUCCCUGUUGAAGGAGUGGUCACGGAUGCUUCUCCUCAGUCAGUGGCCCCCUCAUCGCAGGAUGUGAGUGGGCAGCAGCAGCAGAUCCAGGUGGAUGGCUCCAGUGAUCAUGUUACUGCUUACUCAUACCAGUCCAAAUAGUGACUGGCGCGGAGAAUAUUCCUGUGACAGCGUUGCCUUGAGACAGAGGGGUUGGCUGCACUGAGAAUGCGGAGAGAAGAGAGAUUGCUUCCAGAUUGCCCAGGCACCAAAAAAUAGACACUUUUUUCCAUUUCAUACCUGGAAGAGAGGAGGGGUGGGG